AUGUUUGAGGCAUACAUGGGAAAUUUACAUGCAAACGUCUCAGCCGUUCUAGUCAGUGCAACGAAGGAUGUAAAACUUAAGGAUUAUGAGCUCUAUGUUCGCGAUGACAUUCGAAGAAUGAUAUAUUCUAAAUUGUACCUCGAAGGCAUGGCAUUUUGCAAAAUGCGCUACAAUGAAAUUGAUGGACCUCGUCUUCAAAACUUUUGGAGUACAUAUAGAGAUUAUGUUACGAAAGAGUUAAAAUCAUUUCAUAUCCACAGUAUUUGUAAAGAGCGCAUGGACAAUUUUAUGGUCGUUCACAGAAUGUCAAAAGUUUUGAGAAAAUGUGGACAAUACCAAGAUCUCAUCCUUUUAUCAGAGGGGGAAACGAAAGCCUACACGUACUGUGAUCGUGAAUUGUAUAACAAUUACGCACGCACGUAUGGAGAUCCUUUAUUUGAAACUUCCGCCGACACGGGUAGGAUUGUUGGAAAACGGUUUGACUAUACAUUAGUUCUGGAUGGCGACACAACCGUUCCAGAGGGUACUGUUAUCAAAUUAUUGGAUGUGGCAGCCGGAAAUCCGGAUCGUGGAAUAAUACAACCAGGUAUUGAGGUUGAUUGUAAGAAAGGGGACACUCUUUUUAUGCAUUUAGACGCGAUGCGACAAGUAAUCAACUUACCAUUGACGAAUGCUAUAACCGCUCUUUUCGAUCAUUCGUCGUUUUUCGGGAAAGGGUUAAUAAAUAACAAAUUAUACAUUCAGAAAGUGAUCGGAUAUAAAGCGAAAUUGAUCGAACGUGUACCAAUAGAUGUACUCAGCCAUGACUCUUUUGAAGCAUCUAUUAUGAAUGUUUUGUAUGUUGGUAGUAUACCGCUCAGGGAAGCGCCACCCUAUAACUAUGUCACAUGGGGUAUAAGGGAAAGAAGAUGGAACAAAGGAGAGGUCUUAUUAGCUAUGUACUACUCGCCGAGAUUUUUAGGAAAACCUCUUAGAUAUUUGCAAAGAAAAUUCCAGAAAAACUUUGUUGAACCUACACUAGGAUCAUGA